AUGGUACUCUUACAAACUAUUGUAGUUAUGAUUCCAAUAAUACCAUUUGCGAUAAUAAAUAUCUAUCAAGUUGUAACAUCAUCAAUAGUUAAAUCAGAUUAUCGUUUAUCGCAAGAACAAUUAGUCUAUACUGUAGCAAAUAUUAUUUUAUACGUUAGUUAUGCAUCGAACUUCUAUGUGUAUCUUAUCUCAGCUUCAUCUUAUCGUAAAGAUUUUCGACGACUUGUUCUAUUUUGUUAUCGUCAAAAUCAUGCAAGUAAUCGUAUUGGAAUUAUGGCAAGAGAACAAGUUGUAAUGAAGACAAACUCAACAGUAAAAUGA